GGGGCGCCACUCAAAUCAAAACUUUUCCCCGUGAGGGAGGACCAGGAUAAACAUCAGCGCACCUCCUGAAUUAACGUUAGUUGUUGCGUUUCUGUUUUAAAUUCGGAUUGAAAUAAAGCGCAGUUCGCGUGGGAAUACUGAACAGACCGGUCUUUAUCUGGAUCAGAUGUUUAAAAGUGCUCCAGCUGAAGCUGACGUCGUUUAGAUCACACACUGUGGAUUUGUUGCCAUACAGGUUUGGCGAGAGUCAGCUGCAGCCGCGGCAGCAGGACUGUGACUCAGAGAGAGAGAGAAGAGGAAAACUAUCACUCGCGGACACUUUUUACACUGAAUUUACUCUAUUAAACGCCGCCUAUUUGUCACAGAGCUGAAUAAUCUACUAUAUUUGAUAGCUGCGUUUGUUGUCAUGUUGUAAAGCUAGCUUUAUUGCUUCAGAUUUUACUCUAAACGCCGCACGGGAAUCUCUUAUUCUCUCUAGAUAUAUUCAUUAUAGACGGGAAAGUGUGUCAGCCGGAGAAACAGAAAGUCCAGCUUAUAAACUAGCUUGGAGUCUCUUUUUUACUCAUGUCGGAUCAGAGUUCGUCCUUAUCUAGUUCUGAAGAAGAUGUGGACACUGAAUCGGAGCAGAUGUAUGAGCUUGGCGGGACCCUCAGCAAGUGGACCAACUACAUCCACGGGUGGCAGGACCGCUGGGUAGUGCUGAAGAACAACACCCUGAGCUACUACAAGUCCCAAGAUGAGAGGGAGUACGGAUGCAGAGGUUCACUGUGUCUCAGCAAGGCUGUCUUCACACCUCACGAGUUUGACGUGUGUCGCUUUGACGUCAGCAUGAAUGACAGUGUUUGGUACCUGAGGGCUGAAAAUCCUGACCUCCGACAGCAAUGGAUUGAAACAAUUGAGCUUCACAAGGCUGAAUCAGGUUACGGUUCAGAGAGCAGUCUGAGGCAUCAUGGCUCCAUGGUGUCACUCACCUCUGCAGCCAGCGGCCUUUCAACCACCUCCACAUCAUCCUUCAGGAAAGACCACAGUCUGCGGGAGAAGCUGGCGGAGAUGGAGACAUUUCGGGACAUUCUGUGCAGACAGGUCAAUACACUGCAGAAGUACUUCGACAACUGCGCAAGUGGAGACUACAGAGAUGAAUACCACAGGGACAGAGUAGUGGAGGAUGAUGAGGACGAUUUCCCCACUGUACGACCGGACGGAGAUUGUUUGCUCAACAACAACAGCAGCAAAGAGAAGUUAUUCCCAUCAUCUAGUCCCAGAGGACCAACUGGUAUUGAUUUCAAAGGCGAGGCCAUCACGUUUAAAGCCACCACUGCAGGAAUCCUCUCAACGCUGUCCCACUGCAUUGAGAUCAUGGUCAAACGGGAAGAGAGGUGGCAGAGGCGACUGGAUAAAGAAAUGGAAAGGAGAAGAAAAGCUGAAGAUGCCUAUAAAUCAGCCUUAACCGAACUGAAGAAAAAGUCACACUAUGGAGGACCAGAUUAUGAGGAGGGUCCCAACAGUCUCAUCAAUGAAGAUGAGUUCUUUGAUGCUGUUGAAGCAGCUCUUGACAAACAAGACAAGAUCGAGGAGCAGUCUGAGAAAUGCAGGACCCCUCGUCCAAUCACCCUCAGCCCGGAUACCUACUGCUCCCUCAGUGCUCACAGAUACUCCACAAAGCCUCACAGCCACGCUUCCUCCCUGUCCUCUCUCGACCUCGUCAGUGCCUCCGAAGAUGUGCACAGAUUCAGUGCUCAGGUGGAGGAGAUGGUGCAGAGCCACAUGACCUACUCCUUGCAGGAUGUGGGUGGAGAUGCUAACUGGCAGCUUAUCACCGAGGAGGGAGAGAUGAAGGUAUACAGGAGAGAGGUGGAGGAGAAUGGUGUGGUCCUGGACCCCCUAAAAGCCACACAUGCUGUUAAAGGGGUUACAGGUCAUGAGGUCUGUCACUACUUUUGGGACACAGCUUUCCGGAACGACUGGGAAACAACUGUGGAACACUUCACUGUGGUUGAGGCGUUAUCAGACCAGGCAGUGAUUAUUUACCAGACUCAUAAGAGGGUGUGGCCUGCUUCACAAAGAGACGUCCUGUAUCUGUCAGUCAUGCGUAAAAUACUCUCCACCAAUGAGAAUGAACCUGACACGUGGAUGGUGUGCAACUUCUCUGUAGACCAUGACAGUUAUGCACCCUCAAGUAGAUGCAUCCGUGCAAAAAUCAAUGUGGCUAUGAUCUGUCAGACACUAGUCAGCCCACCAGAGGGCAACAAAGAGAUCAGCAGAGACAAUAUUCUCUGUAAAAUAACAUAUGUAGCCAAUGUGAAUCCAGGUGGAUGGGCUCCAGCAUCGGUCUUGAGAGCAGUGGCCAAGAGAGAAUAUCCUAAAUUCUUGAAGCGUUUUACUUCAUAUGUUCAGGAGAAGACCAGCGACAAUGCCAUACUCUUUUAAAACAGGUUGUCUCCACCGUGGCAUCUGCUGACCUCCGUUAAACACAUCCAUAUAAGAGGCCUUAUCCUUUCCUCAAGAGCCUAAAUCAAAAGGCUGAGGUGAACACUCUGCCCUGAAGACUGUUAGCGGAGAUGGUACAAUACCUUUUCACCCAAUACUCCUAUAAAAUACAGUGUUCAGCUCAGGCGUAUAUAUUAGAGAUAUGCUCAACCACAGAGACCAAACAGGCCUAAGAUAGGUAAUUGACUUGCUUACUGUGUGGAGAAUCGACGAGCCUGAGAUGAGCCUGCGACGAUUACACCACCUAGAGGGAGGUUAAAGGGCUCUCGAACAAAUAACCACAGCAGGCUGUAUCUUCUGAAAGAUUAUGGGAUGUACAGUUUAGACUCCUUAUUCGUGUUUAAGUUGGAUGCAGGUUGAUUGGCUGUUAUUUAGUGAAGUGUAAGUAAGUUUACUUCUGGUUUUGUACAUAUUUUGUAUCCGUUUUACUUGCACAUUGUUAAGCUGUUGUACUUAUGGAAAUGAAACACUAUAAAAACUUGAAUGCCUUCAAUGAAAAGCCUUCUCAGUUCUAGCUGAGCUUUCUUCCUGGCCUUGUUGUUUUUUUGUUUUUUUUUUACCUCAGUGUGAUGUGAUUACUCUGCUUCGAUGAAGGGAGAAGGUAAAAAGCUUUAAAAUACAAAAUCAGAAUCCUUGUAUUCUGUGUCGUACAGUUUUGUGUUCAUAGUGAUAUAGUGUUCAAAUCUGAAGUAAAGAAAAUGAAUGUAUCGUCGCUGUCACAAAAAAACCUUCUGUUGUGUCUCAAAAAAAUGUCUUUGAAAAUUAAUUCAUAAACAAUUAAAGAGAUUCAACACUUUACAUCAACAAGGUGGAGCAGCUGUAGGUAGAAGAGCAUCUAAUAGAGUGAUAGACAGUGAGUGACACAUUGUUUAAAAACUCCAGCAGCCCUGCUGCAGUAUCUGAUCUAUUCAAACCAGCAUAACACAUAGUAACACUAACACAACACCACCAUGCCAGAAAACUGUAGUGAUAUUGCAUUAUGAAUGCAUUUAGAAUGCUUUAUUUGGCAUACAUAAUACCUUUAUAAUGAUUGUUACUCAUACCUACUUAUAACCACUUGUGAGUUAUACUUAUAUGGAAUAUUAUAUUAGCUUAUAGUUAUUUACAGUGUAUUAUAAUGUGCAUUUUUAAAUAUUAAUAGCUAUGUUUACAAUGCCUUAUGAAAGCAUUAUAAUGUGUUAUAAAUAUUUUCAUAUAGUUAAGAUAUGACUUUCAUUAAAAAGUAGUGCCAUUUUUUUUAUCUUCAUAUUUUGGAGAUGGUAGGUUUUUUCAUGACAAUGACGAUAUAAAAUCUCGGAUUAAUAAAAUGGGUUGCCAGAUAUUGGCUCUAUAUUAAGUGGUAGUAAAAGUUUAAUAAAGUUGCCCAAUUUUAGAUCUGAAUUUGCCUUUGUUUUGGUUGACCACAACCCUAAACAUAAUUUGCCUGCUGUGCCGUAGUGCUUUAGCAGAAUUGUCAUUUUUAGUAUAAUUUUAUGGUAGAUGUAAUACCAUAUUCAUAUCCUUUAUGAAUUAUUUGAAUACUAGAUGUUUGUCGCAGUGUGUUCACAUGUUCUGAGUUCUCAAUUUUGAGUUCAUCACAUAAUUAUACCGCUUUAUUCUGUUUAACCACACAGAAGACUGAUAUUUGCACUAAUUCCAUUGCUUUACAAUGUUUGGAUUACACGUGUUUCCUAUCUGUGAAAGGGUUUUGAAGAUCAGCACUUUUAAUGGUACUUUUUUUAUCUCACAGCUUGAUGUUAUGGUUUCUGUUAACUUGUAACCCUGAGAUUUCAGUAUGCUGUUUUUUGAGACUGUCAUCUGUAAAUAUGCAGUAAACAAUUGUUCUGUU